CUCGAAUAGGACCUAAACAAUAUCCGGGUCAGAGGAGGCGAAUUUCCGCGCCUUUUCGUAGUCGGGAUGGGUGAGAGGGUUAAACAACCUGCAAUAUUUCAACCGUAUUAUCAUAUUAUGGACUAAAUUAAACUUCAAUACACAUACUUCGAAUGCAGACGAUUUGGUGGCACAAGAUAACGUCUAAAUAUGUUGCUCCCGUCUGACGUCGCCAGACUUGUGCUGGGCUACCUGCAGCAAGAAGGGCUCACUGCCACAAGCCGAGCCUUCAUCUAUGAGAGUCCAAACCUGAAGGAAUAUGCCGAGCACAGCUCAGAGGACGGGGUCCUCCCUGCCUGUGUGUUGUCUCUUUUUGGAAAAAACCUGAUCACGAUUUUAAAUGAAUAUGUAGCUGUUAAAGCAAAAGAAACAAGUCAAGAAAAUCAAAUCCCAGCUGUGAUGACAUCAUUAUGGAAAAAGCUUGACUUCACACUCAACCAAAUCAAGUCUCUGCAGAAUUCUCCUGCAGUGCAACUGAAUCAGCGACUUCGCACUAUGAAUAGCAUUCAAAAUAUGAGACGUCAGCAGAGACCCUUGUUGGCAUCACAGUCUCCCAUCACUGGGCACCCGCCCGUGACUUCAGCACUCCAGUGUGUCCCCAGCACUUUAUCCACCCCUCAAGGCAUGCUGGGACAUUCCACCCCAGUGUCUUAUACUUCCCAGCAUACCAGACCUUCCACUCUCUGCCUUAGUCAGCCAGGGGAGUCACCAUUGCAGAUACUGGUCCCUGAUAAUAGACUGAAUCCAGGUCCUUUGUCUCCAGCCCGCAGGAAAUGUGACUCGCCGAGGCGGAGAGGAGGUGGUCAAUUAUGUGCCAUCGGGACCAACAGGGCCACCGUAGUGUCCAGCACACUCGUCGUGGAAUCUCAAAAUGAAGAAACUGUGACGGAGAACUUAUCUCAAAUAGUUAUAGAAAAUGCCAGAGAAAAAAUUCUCAAUGAUAGAUUCUUGCAAGAAAAACUUGCUGAAAAUAUCAACAAAAUCUUGGCAAGUGAUAAUACCGGCAGUGCUGUUGAACAAGAGCAGUCGAUUGAUGAAAUCCUGGGCCUCCAGGGGGAAAUUCAUAUGACAAAUGAUGCAAUCCAAGACAUAUUGGCACAGACAGAGUCAGACCCAGCAUUUCAGGCACUCUUUGACCUCUUCGACUAUGGGAAAAUUAAUACGGAUGAAUGCAGUGAACAGGCUGAUGGGAGCUUCAGUACUAGUACUAGUGCACAAGAGAGUGACGAGACUGGGCAUGUAGACAGCGCCUCUGAAACAGCCACUGGACAGAAGGAUUCCACAUCAGGAGGAGAAAGUAGUGCACCAAAUAUAAGCACCCAGUCUGAGUCAAAAAGCAAAACGAAAUCUUCCAGCCUUCGUAAUGCAACAAAGUCUGCUUCCACAGCUCCACAGCCACGUAUUGUAACCAAACAAACUGGACGAGGAUCCACAAACUCCAAAAGAGGGCUAGUCAGGACUAGAGUUUUAUCCAGUAAUAAACAAUCCAGAAGUGCCACUGCAACUUCUCCAAGUUUGAACGAUAAAGCGGAUUUGCGUCCACCUGACCAAACUGUAUCAAGCUCUUCUUUGACAGAGGAAGGAGUUGGCAUGGAGAUAGAUGAACCAGAAAAUGAAACCUCUGAGAGCGUAAAUAUUCAGCUAGUUCCUCUGGAGAGCUUGCAUGCAAACAAAACAUUAAAUGAUGAUAAAAGCAGUCAAGUUCCAAUUUCAACAUCGCAAACCACAUCCACUAGUGAGACCUCAAAUAAUGCAUCUGUGAAUGAGCCUGGGAGAGUAACAGGAAUGACCACGGGACAGAAUGAGGAUAUGGGAACCUCUUUAUCCAUUCAAAGUGAGACUGUGCCCUCAUUUUGCUUGCCUCAACCUGACACAGACACAUCUUCUCCGCCCUCUUCAAACAAGACACCUUUAACUCCUUCCUGCAUUCAAACUCAGUCCUGUAUUCAAACUCAGUCCAACACUGUCAGAAGCAAUCUCCCUGCAUCAGGUGCUUCAUCUACCACCACUACGCCAUGCAUUUCUGAAGCUCCGGCCAGGGAGCCUGAUCCCAAUAAGAUUGUCUCUCUGAAAAUCGUCAUCAGUGAUGAGCAGGAGGAGGUCUCAGCUGAUGUGGCACUGAACCAGGCAGUUUCCAGCAUCACCAGUGACCACAUCCCCACCAUCUUCCUGUCCUCCCCUGCCAAAUCGCCUGCCAAGACUUUGCCUGCAACCUCUGCGGUCAUAACACUAGAGGAAACAGCUCAGGCUGUGAGCUGCUUACAGGGGGCGGAGGGUGUCGGAUCAUUCAGAACACCUACAAGGAGCACGCAGAGUAGCGGACAGCCUGUGCUAGGACGUCCCGCAGGUCAGGAAACCGGCUUCAUUCAGUUGUUGCAAGCUAAUCCUACCUUUGGGCCUUCAAGCAGCUAUAUCGUUGUAACCAAACCGGCUGCUGCUGAGCAGCGGUCAAAUGUUGUGCUGCUUCCAAGUAAUGUGCCUCAAGGGACCGUGUCUUCGAUGCCGCAUAUGGUAGUGACUCCACCUCGCCAGAGGACUGUGGUGUCCAUGGGAGCAAAUGUCUCUCAGACCUAUUCGCCUGGCUCCACAAUCAUUAUAUCCUCCCCAGUUCAACCCAUGUUACAAAAUGUGAUGCUUCCAGUGUCUGUGAUUGGGCAGAAUACUGGAAAACUAACAGUCCUUCCCAAUCAGUCAGGCAAAACUAGCACAUCUGGGUCUGGUCAAGUGCUUCCCCAGGCCUCUGAGCAACAAAAGAGUGUGAGUGCAACAAGCCCCAGCCAUCGACGGAUACUUUGCUUUGAUGUCACACCUGAAACCACUUCAGCUGGCCAGAAUUCUUUACAGACAAGCGCGCACACAUCCUCUGCUGUUACUUCCUCAGCUCAGCAGGUUCAGAAAGAAAUCACACAGACUGAACCGAAACAGCCUUUAGUUUCUGACACUUGCAGAAGAAGAAUAGAAACCGUUAGGCUGCCAGAAAUAAAUCCCAAACUGGGUAUUAAGGACUCUGAAAAAGUCACCAUAUUUCAUCAACAAAAAGAAGCCCCAAAACGCAAAAUUAAUGAAAAGGGGCUAGAUCUAAUUGUUGUAUCAAGCACCAAGUCUCCCAACAAAGCUGCCAUUGAGCCAGAGGCUCUCAUUAGACCAGAAUCACUGAAAAAAUCACAAGCAUCACAGAAAGAUGGCGGAGUUGUUUCAAAAUCAUCUGCUCCAGGGCCAAAGCAGAAACCAGCAGGCAACACAAAGAACGGCUCACAAGAAGAAGCCCCUGAAAAGGAGUUAAAACCAGCAGAAAGAUCCUCAGAAAAGACUUCCUUACAGAACUCUCCAGGCGUCACUGCAAAUAAAGAAAAUCAGCUGGAGAGCUGUCAGCGUCAGACAUCCACACGCCCCGCUGAGGAUCUCGCACCUUCUACAGCAAAAUCUACAGUACCCGUAUCGAGCAGGUCCAGUAAAACUUUAUGCAAGACGAGCCCUCUGACUAAACAGGCUGUUGAGAUGCUUCAGGACAUACAAGGCCAGGCUCCUGCGGCCACUCCACCGAAGAGACAGGUGGCCGGAUGUCCAGACCUCCCGCUCCCAAGAACACCUGAACCAGGACGUGCACAGGAGGAGCUGACGGAUGGAUCGAGAACCCCGUCCCGACAAAGGCUCAGGAGGGAGGGUGAAAGCACGCCGAGGCAUCUCCCCCCUCCCGCCACCCCUGAUAUCCCCUCCUGCAGUCCUGCCAGCGAGGCGGGGAGUGAGAACAGCAUCAACAUGGCUGCCCACACUCUCAUGAUCCUGUCACGAGCCGCCAGGACAGGAGGUCCUCUGAAAGACAGUUUGCGUCAAGAGGAGGCCAGUGCUGUGAAAUCUGCCAUUCCUAAAGGAAAGAAACGAAAGCAAAUUGAACCGAGCCCUCCUGCAAAGAAAGAGCUACAGCUUUCCAGCUCCUCGAGCAGUAAAAAGAAAUCUAAGAAACAGAAGAAGCUGCUGGACUCCUUUCCUGAAGACUUGGAUGUAGACAAAUUCCUGUCAUCCCUGCACUAUGAUGAGUAAUAACGCUGGAGACGAGCCGUGCUGCUUGCCACCAUUUCAGGGACAUAACAAGCCAUGUGUGCUACUGAGAGCGAUAAAACAGAUCUAUUCAGCUGAGGACCCAUUCUGAAUAGCUGCUUUCCAUUUUACAUCCAGAAUGUGAGAUAUUGUACAUAUACACCAUAUUAGCCCAAUAAUCAUAUUCAUACAUUAAAGAUGUUCAUAUACAGGCCCAGAUUAAGCACUCUUCAAAACCAACAAGAAAAUAAUUUUAAGACUAAACUGUAAUUUGACUACGUAUGUGAAAGUGUCAGUUCAGUUGCUCCAUUGCAACAGCUGUUAAUUAAUUCAUUGUCAUUUUAUUUCUUUAAAUGGACGUUUUUCAUCAACUGCACCAUGUGACUACAUUUCUGUGAACAUUUUCAAGAGAGAUGAUUUCCUUUGUACAGCCUCUAGGUGGUAUUCUUCCUUUACAUUAUGGAUAGAGAAGUUGAACGUUGUCGUUUUCUGUCCUUUAGAUGGUUUAUUAUAUGAUGUAUUUUAAUAAAUCAAUAUUUGAUUUAAUAUUUUUUGAAUUAUUUAAUGUUUUCAUUGAUUCUGUGUUACUAUGUCCAGCUAUGGCAUAUUUAUUUGGAAUAGACCUGCAGCAAUUGCAUAUGCCCAGCUUGACUAAACAUCUUAGUCUCAUUUUCCUUUAACAGCUAUGCAUUUCCUUUGAUGAUAAGAUGAGUCUUGAGCAGCAAAUCAGCAUCAUU